UUGUGCUCGAUACGAGUGUCUCGUCUAUAUAUACCGUGCACGUGAAACCGUGAAUACAUAAGGUUUAAGAUAACGAAGACGUGUACAGUAAAAGCAACGUGAAUCGUGAAGCCCAUCGUACGAAUGUCACACGUCGCAUCGCAUGCAUUUCUCGCAAUCGAGUGACUGGCGCAUGCGACGAGUAACAGCGCUACCUUAGCAACGGGAGAAUGACCGCGAUAUUUCAAAGAAGCUAAGCGCAAAGAAUUGCCGGCGUUGGUCAAUUUCCGCAACUGCCACGUACUUUCACGCGGAGAUCGGGACCUCUAGCGGACAGGAUGAGACGUGGCUAGGUAUCUAGGGAAGAUUUGAUCGAUUCGAAAGCCGGGGAAACACUGAUUUGCCGAAUGAUCAUAAAAGCAUUGUCCGCUCGAAGGGAGCUUCUGGUUUGCCCAUAUGGUACCUGGCUGAAGAUUGCUUCCAGGAACUCGAAGCCGUUGGCGUCCGAGGUCUUAACGAGCUACCUGCUGCAGACCAACGAGCCACCGUGGACGUCGUAUUUCGUGAAGUAUGCCGAUGUCGUGAACGAUCAGAGAGGGAUGUCCCACUUCAAUUGGCCGGUAGGCAGCAGCAAUUACCACGUACUUAGAACCGGCUGCUUUCCAUACAUUAAAUAUCACUGCACCAAGAGGCCACGACAGGACCUCAGCGUCGAGGACAAAUUUUUCAAGGCGAUCAAGAUAGUUCACCUGGUAUUACCAUUUUUAUUUACGUCAAUAUCAUUAUCUAGGGAACAGAGAAAAAUGGAUUAA